CAAAACACUCGGUAUGCCUACUGUUUUAUUCUUGUCUCUCAUCAUCAUCUUAUUCAUCAUCAUCUUCAGCAACACAAAAACACACACACACACAAAAACAAAAGGCAAUAAGUCCCCAUCAUCCUCACCAUAUCCAAAACUAAAACUAAAACCAGCCUCACCAAUUAUACAUUUCCACAGCCCAAGCAACCCCCUUUAAUUAUCUCUCUCUCUCUCAUACACACACUAUUAAUUGCUAGCUAUUAGUAGUAUUAAUUAUUAUUAUUAAAAAGCACGCCGGCCCCCUCCCUAAUUUUAAAAUUCCGUUCCCUUCUCUCACCGUCGUCUCUAUCUAGCUCAUAUUUAUCUCGUGUAGGAGGAGUAAUUAUACAAUUACAGAUCGAUAGAGCUUGCUUGCAUAAUUAAUUGUAAGUUACAAUGACUCGGCUCUUCCGAUCCAAGUCUUGGGGAGUAGGACGGACCUCUAAUAUUUCGGUGUUCAACUCUUCCCCUCCGAGUCCUUCUCUGUAUCUAAGCAACGAAGAUGAAGAGGAAGAAGAAGAUGAGGAGGAGGAGGAUCAAUACUUGGCCAAUAAUAAUAACAAUUCUGUAUUCACGAUGCCGUUUAUAAGUACUCCAGAUCGUCGGCGGAGGCAAGUGAAUCAGAAUCAUCAAUUCCCGAUACUGGCAAUAUUAGCGGCAGCGUUGAGGAAGUCUCUGGUCACUUGCAGUGCUGUGGAGGCGGAGGAUGUGUCUUCCACAGACAUGGACAUGGACAUGGAUAUGAAUAUGGAUAUGCAUAUGGAUAUGGAUAUCGGCUGCCCAACCGAUGUGAGGCACGUGUCUCACGUCACCUUCGAUCGUUUCAAUGGCUUUCUUGGCUUGCCCGUUGAGCUCCAGCCCGACGUCCCCCGCAAGGUUCCUAGCGCCAGCGCAAGUGUGUUUGGAGUUUCUGCAAAGUCGAUGCAGUGUUCUUAUGAUCAAAGAGGGAACAGUGUGCCAACAAUUCUUCUUUUGGUGCAACAGCGAUUGUAUUCAGAAGGAGGACUUCAGGCAGAAGGAAUCUUCCGAAUAAAUGCUGACAAUGGUCAAGAAGAGCAUGUCCGGGGCCAGCUUAAUAGAGGGGUUGUGCCACAUGGAAUUGAUGUUCAUUGUUUGGCAGGGUUAAUAAAGGCAUGGUUUAGGGAACUUCCUACUGGAGUUCUUGAUUCUCUGACCCCAGAACAGGUGAUGCACUGCAAUACAGAAGAAGAGUGCAUUCAACUUGUACAGUUACUUCCUCCAACCGAAGCUGCAUUGCUGGACUGGGCCAUAAAUUUGAUGGCAGACGUGGUGCACCAUGAAAAUUACAACAAGAUGAAUGCACGUAACAUCGCAAUGGUUUUUGCACCCAACAUGACUCAGAUGGCUGAUCCAUUGACUGCAUUGAUUCAUGCAGUUCAAGUUAUGAACUUGCUUAAGACACUAAUAAUGAGAACCCUUAGAGAAAGAGAAGAAUCAGGUGGUGCCUCAGCGUCGGUGGACUCUCCUAGCAACAAGGUGCAGGGUGACCCCAUAUAUUAUUCAUCAUCAAAGUCUUACAGAGGAGGAUUAUCGUGUGAGUGUAGUUUUGAUGGUAAUUGUGGACGUACUGAGAGUCGAAAAACUUGUUCUAUUAAUGGUAACCACCGCCUUUUGAGAAGUAGUAGUAGUGUUAGUUUAGAUAGAGUAGUGGAAAGUGAUUGGGAGGACAAAUUGUGGAGCUUCAAAAGUAAAAGUGAUGGUGGAGAGGAAUUAAUUGAUGAGAGGUCGUCGACGGUGGUUUCAGGUGGUAGAAGUAGUAGUUCAGCUAUGAAUAUGAUGAUGUGCAAAAGGAGGACAGUAGUAGAAAAUGGAUGCGGAGGUGGGGGGCAUGACGACAUUAAUAAUAAUGGCGAAGAAGUUGUUGAAAUAGGAAUACUGGAUAGGCUACGUUUGAGAAAAGGAGUAAGGAAGCUGAGCAGACACCCUGUGUUUCAACUGAAUAAGCCACUACUAGUUAAGAAGAAGACCAGUACUAGUGCUAGUACUAGUACUGGAGGAAGAGGAGGCCUUGGGAUUGUAAAUACUAGCUAGUAGUUAAGUUGGUGAUUAAAGCUUGGGUACGUAUGAGAUUGUACGUGCAACUUAUAUUAAUUAGGUCGUCCAGAUUUAAUUGUGUUGUUCCUCAAUGGCCGUGGAAACAAUACUUAAUUGUGUAGACAUAUAUAUAUAUAUAUAUAUAUGUCAGUUUUCUUUUGUCAAUUCUCUAGUUAUUUAGUUAGUUAGAGAGCAUUUGAACGUAGUUCUAAAAAUGUUUUGUGGUACCUGUACGUGCUAACUCUACUUCUAGCCUAGCUAAUCAACAUAUCCCUGCAGGUAUAUAUGCCUUGCCUUGUA